CCCAAAAUGAUAUCCAUACCCAAAGCUAUAAUAGAAAUAUUAUAACAAUUCAUCCACGCAGUAAAAUUUCGAGUUUUAUCAUAAAUAUAUUCUUAAAAGAUGAAUAGUGGCGUCAUUGUUUUGGUUAUAUAUGUUUUAAUACUUACUACAAUUUCAGUUGACUCUUCAACUUCCAGUUCAGAAAUUCGUGAAGCCUCUAAUGAAUUCCUCAAUAUUAGCACGACUAAUCGCAAUAUCAAUAUUUCAAUCAGUUUAUCCUCUGAAAAUCCUCCGAGAAAGGUAUCAUUAAAGAAAUGGCAAGUAGGCAGAGUAAGUAGAAAACAUUAUGAAAUUGUAAAUAUGCUUUGGAGAAAAACAAAGUUGUUUAAAAACAAUGAAGUGAGCAAGACUACAGCAAUUGAUAGUAGAACGGAAAGAAGGAAAUCAACUCGAAGACGAAAAGCACCUCUUACUGUGCAUAAGCUUCAAUUCCAAACUACUACUUCUACACCUAGCUAUAUUGAAUUUUACUAUCUUGAUGAUAAUGAUGAACGACUGAAACGAACAGAUACUUUUAUUAAAAAAGCUUAUUCAAGAGAAAAGCACAAAGCACAGUCAAGACAUCUCACUAGAGACAAUACCAACAAAAAACGAGAACGGUACCCUAUCCAGUCAUUCCAUAUUAAUAAACCCGGAUUUCAGUUAGUCGUUCCACCUUCACAAACGAGUAACCCUAAUUUUCAUCAGAAACCAAAAUUGCACAGUAAAACAUUUUAUGACAAACAAUCCAUGUAUGAUUUCAUAAGAAAUAAACUCAAAUCUAAAAGUGCCAUUUUGGCAAAAAUUCAAUCCACUUCAAAGGCAACAAGUUCUGAAAAUUCUUAUAGUGGUGAAACAUGCCCAGCCACAUUUGAUAUUAUCCAUGAAAAUUCCACUGCUUUACUGUCAUCAGAAAAUAAUUUUAUUAAAUAUGAUACUACUUCUACGGAAUUUUAUGACAAAAUUAAGUUUUUUGAAAUUUAUGACCAACAUACUCAAUCGCCUGAAAAUAAAUUAAUACUUCUCAGCCGAGGUUCAGAAAAUAAGAUCCAAGAAAAUUAUGUUGAUUCUAAACAAGUAUUACUCGAAGAUAUAAAUAAGAAUAUCGGUCACCACGACGGGCUUUAUCAAAAACAUGUUAAGAAGCACGUUCAUGACGAUAUCAAAGAAGACAACAAACACAAAACAAAUAAUAACAACAUUGAUGAGCUGACGAACAUAAAAUUUCAAAUGCAUUCUGAAAAUCACACCUAUAAAUACCAGAAAUCUACAAGCAAACUUCAUAUUUUUACGACAGAUGAGGAGAAGUCCUCGAAUUAUACUUUGGCAGCUGCGAGAAAUGCAAGCAAACCAGUUUUAUGGUCUAAUUAUCCUUUUGCUGCUGUUUAUAUUUACGAACCAUCUCAAAUCCAUUGCGAUGCAGCGGCCUUGAGUCCUCAUUGGCUACUUGCCUCUGGAGCAUGUCUCUCUCGCUACCACAGUCAGGACCCAGUAAACGAAGGACGAUCGGCUUUUGUGUCUUACUGUAGUGAAAAUUGGUGGCAGCCAGAGCGAGUUAUUUAUGUGAAGUAUAUUAUUGUGCAUCCGCGAUACCACCCCAAUGAUGAGAUAAGGAGAUAUAUGUACAACAUAGGUCUUAUUCAGAUAGCAGGAUCGAUGGCAUCUGCUUGCUUUAACUGGAGCCCUAUAUCAAUAAUGUCUCACCAUUUUGCAGCAAGUUCAGGAGGAACCUUAGGCGCAGCCGUUGGUUGGGGUCUAGACAGAUAUGAUGUCAGAUAUUUCGGAACACAUGUGCCUAAAAUUCCGCUGCAUAUUUACAAGGCACUUACUUACUCAUCAUAUUGCCCUGGUGAUACAGGUUACAGUGAAAUGAAAUCUAAGAAUGAAGCAGGUGUCACCAAAAACAUUUACUGUUUACUUUUACCACCGUACAGAGGUGAAGACGACGACCCUGUACAUGGAAGUAUGCUAUUAGUUGGAGGGAAAUUGAUAGCCCUGUACAUACAGGAAGAAAGGCGUUCUUGGGGUAUACAAUCUGCUCAAUACACGGGGGUGUGGCGGCUCGUACCUUGGAUCCAUGAAGUGGCUCGUGAACCGGAAAACGCCGAUUCUUUCAAUAUAGACAUAUAAAUCCAUACAAUAAAAAUGACGAGUGUGGUGAAACUUAAAACUACUUUUAUUUUUUAUAUAUUUUGUGUCUGUUUUUGUCUUUGCUUUACAAUUUUAUUCGUGUUGUGAUAAAUCGAC